AUGGCGUCGAGCCGAGGAAGAUGUGGGAAAGUUUUCUCUGUUUUGGCGUUGGUUUUCUUCUGUUUCAGGCAGUCAGUCGGCAAACAAGUGGUCCUGCUGGACACAACGCAUGAGAGCUCUCUCGACUGGACGAAAUAUCCAUAUGGUCCCCAAGCCAGAACUCCAGGAUGGGUCGAGGAAAGUUUCACAAACUUCGAGCAAGGGAUCAAUUGGAGAUCGUUUGUGGUCUGUGAUGUCGCCUACACAAACGUUAACAACUGGUUAUGGACGCCAUUUAUCAAGCGUGGCGACGCCAGUCGGAUGUACAUCGAAAUAAAAUUCAGCAUGCGAGACUGCAAUCUCUUUCCAGGCAUGGCUUUAUCAUGUAAAGAGACUUUUUCUUUACUCUACUACGAGUUUGACGCUGCAACUAAAGAGCCCCCACCUUGGGAACCAGAGUCUUACAAACUCGUCGAUCGAAUUGCAGCCGAUGAGGGGCGGUUUACGUCGUCUAACGAGGUUAUCAUCAACACUGAAGUUCGAAGUAUUCCAGUUACCAAAAAAGGUGUUUAUUUUGCCUUCCGCGACCAGGGAGCAUGCUUGUCUUUAAUCGCCAUUAAAGUCUAUUAUGUCACUUGUCCCAACACGACGAUUAAUUUUGCCUUUUUCUCCGAUACUUCCACCAGUGAACAGGUAACAGAAAUUGUUGAAGUGGAGGGGCAAUGUGUUCCUAAUGCUGAAGUCGUAGAGCUUCCAAAAAUGCUCUGUAAAGGAGACGGAAAUUGGACGCUUCUUGCUGGUGGGUGCAAGUGCAUGCCGGGAUAUGAGGCUGUUGGACAAACUUGUGAAG